GAAGAAGUAAUAGGUCCUUUACUUUUGUUUGUCCCUGGCGUUUGUCUUUUCGGCCCAGCUUUAUGUCUCCAUGGCAGCAUUGCGCACAGUUGUGCCGAUUCUUGAUGGAAAGUUGACGACUCAGGUCAUGCAUCCCAAAGCAAGGGGAGCUUUUUAGCCUGCCUGACAUGCAAAACGCGGGACAACGCGUAUCCGUAAAACGAACACCGUUGUCUAGGAGACGUAAGACACUGACGCUUUCAGCCACAUAGCUCGCGUGCGAAGGAGAUAUAAAGACUUGUUUUGCCACGCAAGAGUGUAUUUUUUCGUGGUAUGGCCGAGCUGCACAUCAUAGGUCAGCUGGUUGGGGCCACGGGAUUUCCUCGGAACAGUCUCUUUUGCAAAUGGGGGGUUCACACUGGCGGAGGGUGGCGUCUUCUCUCCGGCUCGAAGCAGGGUCAGACUCAAGUGGAUAGCCCCCAGACGGGCGACAUGGCGUACUGGUGCCAUCCCAUUGACCUGCACUACGCCACUAAGGGACUGCAAGGUUGGCCCAAGAUCCAUCUCCAGGUGUGGCACCAAGAUUCGUUCGGUCGGUGCGAGUUGUUCGGCUACGGCUACUGCCACGUCCCCUCUAGUCCGGGACAUCAUCGAGUCAGCUGCUGUACGUGGAGGCCCCUCGGCUCCUGGCAGCAGGAGCUAUCGCGAAUGUUUGUCGGCGGUGGACCGCAGCUCAGGAGCCCGGAUCUCAUCUACAGCGGGGCGGACAGAUACAGGCUGCACACCGCGUCCAUGGGCACCGUGGAGCUGGAGCUCGGCAUCAUCAUGAGAAAUUUUGACAAAUACGGCGUCGAGAGCUAACACGAAAAUGAGUUGCAAGUUUUUAUUUUUUUAAAUACGUUUUUUUACUUUUUAACUAUUAACUACCUAAUGUAGAGUUGAACAAAGGAUGGGAUCUCAACGUCAUGGUU